GAUCUUUGAAACUUUUAAAUUACUAAUGCUUUUUAUUGUCUAUAUUUGAUAUGACUGCUGUUUUGUUCUCCUAGCUUUUUGGGGGUUUUAUUAUUAUAAAAUGACAAGAAACGUCAUUUUGAAGCAUUCCGUUUCAGUGUUCUACACCUGCCUAUUCAUCUAUUUCUGUAUUUGGUCCUUCCUGGUGAAUUAACUUCCUUUAAAUUUAGGUGAGAGUCUCUUCACUAAAAAAAAAAAUAAUGAUAAUUAGAGGGCUUCCAAAUACUGGAACUCUUUAUUUUGGGCUAUACUCAUUCCAUUUCAGUUAAUAUUUAAGAUGUGGGCCAUUUAACAUAUAGGUAGAGGAAGUAGUAUUAAUUUACAAUUUAUAUCAAAUUUCAUUGACUUCUUGAAAACUGAUUACAGUUUUCGAAUCUGGAGGUCACCUUCACAUCUUUCAGAUAAAAAUUGCCUUUAGAUUUGUCAUUUUAGGGAAUGUUACGCCUGUGUUCUUUUGACCAAAAUUGAUUUAAGUUCUUUAGCUUUAGUAAAAGUGGCUUCCUUUUUGUGUAUAAUGAGGAAAUUAUUACAUAGCAUGAUACAUAACAGCAUGUGAUGUACCUGUUAAACUGUCUAUAAACAAGAGUACAAUGUUUUGUACUGUUUCUUUACUCCUUAUAAAGCAUGUGGUGUAUGCUUUUCUACUGUUGUUAAUGAAUCCUAUAUAUCAUUGUAUCUCUAGAAAUAAUUUUUCACACAGAUGCAUGCUGUCCUACUUUUCCUUUCCUGUUUCCCAUUUGAAGUGAUAUGCACUAAUAGUAAUCACUUGGAACUUUUAGUGUGCCUUUUUCUGUUACUUCUUUUUGAAAAUGAAAUUUUGCAGUUUUAUUCCUUUACCACUAGACUUCUUUAGGUUUGUUCUAAACAAAAUGGGUAAGACUUUUGAAAGCCUUGUUUCUAGUGUUUACCAGAAUGGUCUCUUAUUUUAUUCAUUCUAAAUUGAAUUCAUUUUAUACCUCGAUAGGAUCUUACUGUGUUAAGACUACAUUAAAAAAAAAACAACAGCUAAUUGUCUGAUAACUGAGUUGUCAUUGUUAAGAAAUGGACUUAGAUUUUUUUUUUAAUCUAAAAGCAAUGUUAUUUAUAUUUAAUUAUGGUUCCUAUUCAUGGUUAUAUGUUUUGUAGCACUUUCUCAUCCUUAGUAUUACAGCAUAGUAUAGAAUUGUAUGGAUAGCUAGUAUAGAUAUGGAAUUAAGAAAUAAAGCUUUAGAGAAGUUUUGUUCCCUGGAAACUUGAAAGGGUGAGCUGUUCUGUUUGAAUAAUGGAGAGCCACUUAAUUUGCCCUAAGUUGAGCUUAGUAAAGAAAGAUGUUGAAGAAAGAUAUUAAAUAUAGGUUAAGAAAUACACACACACACUUAGGAGAAAAUGAAACAAUUUUCAGCUUGGUAUUGUGAAAUUUGAGUCAGCUUCUCUUAAAUCCUGUCUAAAGAAGCUAGAGAGAUUAAAGUCCAUUUAUUUUACAAAACUGAAUAGUAAAUAGUAAAUUUACAAAACUGAAUUUACAAAAUCUGUAAAUUGGAUGUAUCAUCCAAAGCAAAAUAUUUAAAUCUGAUUUUUUGUUAUUAAUGUUUAAAAUGUGACGAAUUCUUAAAAUUUUUGUAAAAAUCUCUUGUUUAAUGUCAUUUUUGUCUGACUAACAUUUUCAAGUAACUAUAAUUUGCAUCUUAGUCCAUUUUUUAAAUGUUCUUUCAUGUUUGGUAUAUUUUUUUUUUCCUUUGCCCUAAAACCACUUUAAGCUAACAAAAGAACAUUUUCCUUACAUUUUUCUCUGUUGCAAUGACUUUUAGUAGGUUACUGAAUUUACAUAUAUUCUGAGGUGAAGACUACAAUGGCAAUUUAAAAUUAUUUUUACUUCUCUAUAUAUUUUGAUUCUUUUGUGGGGUGGGGGUGAGGGUAAAUCGUUUGAUUUCUUUGAAGUUCUCCCUUGCCCCCCGCCCCAUUUCUGGAGAUGAGAAAGUUAUUAUGCUCUUUGCUGCAAAAUUGGCUAAUGUCAUUUUACAGGGACCUUUCAUUUCUGUGAUUUCUCCUUCCCUCUCCACCAGGAAAGAAUGCCUUACUUAAGUCACAAUGCCUCCAAGACAUCCGAUGCUUUGACACUCUUCCUUAGCACAGCUCUGCUAAGCCCAAAUCCCUUUUGUAAACCUUUAUGUUGAUGAUCCAUGGGGCAGCGGGGAAUUACAGGUGCCACGAAUAAAACUAGGAGAGGGCAAGGAACUUGAGUCCUGUUAGAGUGGGGUGAGUGGAGGUGAAUUAAUCCUAGGUGAGCAGAGGGGAAAGGUAUGUCAGUGAUUAUGAAUGUAACUGGGGGAGAAAGGGAAACUAGCAAAGGCAUCCCUGUUGGGAAGAAUAAGAAGUAGAAGAAGGGAGAUGGGGACUGUUUUCAAUGUCAGUGUCUCGAGAAACAAAAAAUUGCUUUUCUAUUGAGGACCAGUAUUGAAGUAUCUUGAUUCCCUCUAAAGUACUUAUUAUAUCUUUUCUAAAGUUAUCAUUAAUUGGAUUAUAUAAUUUAAAAAUAAUUAUGGCAGUGUUUUCUGUACAUCCUUGUGAUGUUUUAGGUUGUCCUCUCUGGGUUUGGGGGUUGGGGGUUUAUUUUUUAUUUCUGUUUUUUGUUUUAUUUUGUUUUUUUGGUGGAAGUACUUAAACCAACUUAAAUGUGAUGACUGAGGAUUAAGUCUGGCAGGCAACUCUUUGUAUUUUGCAUUAGACUUCAAAAUCUUUUCUUCUUCUUCUUCUUCUUUUUUUUUUUAAAUCCAGGAGAAUGCUUUAUUGCAACUUUUAGCUGACUAGAUGCUUAACUUAGUAACAAGUUUAGCCCUUGUAACUGGCUAGCUAAAAGCAAAUCGGCUUGUUUCUCAGAUCUUUGGGGGAUAGCAAGAAACAUUUGAGUGAAUGUUGUUGAAGAUUUUCAGUAGUAUAGAAAAUGAUGGCGCUCUUGUGAUAUUUGUAAGUACAAGCAAGGAUUUGGCACAGACAUCCUAUUUCAUGGCUACCAACAGUCUGCAUCUUACAACCUUCUGUCUUCAGUAUAAACCAACAGUGAUAGCAUGUGUAUGCAUUCAUUUGGCUUGCAAAUGGUCCAAUUGGGAGAUUCCUGUGUCAACUGAUGGAAAACAUUGGUGGGAAUAUGUGGAUCCUACAGUUACUCUGGAAUUACUAGAUGAGCUAACACAUGAGUUUCUACAAAUAUUGGAGAAAACGCCUAGUAGGUUGAAGAAGAUUCGAUACUGGAGGGCUAACCAGGCAGCUGGGAAACCAAAAGUAGAUGGACAAGUAUCAGAAACGCCUCUUCUGGGUUCAUCUUUGGUGCAGAAUUCCAUGUUAGUAGAUAGUGUUACUGGUGUGCCUACCAAACCAAGUUUUCAGAAACCAUCUACAUCAGCUUUCCCUGCACCAGUACCUCUAAAUUCAGGAAAUAUUUCUGUUCAAGACAGCCAUGCAUCUGAUAAUUUGUCAAUGCUAGCAACAGGAAUGCCAAGUACCUCAUACGGUUUGUCAUCACACCAAGAAUGGCCUCAGCAUCAAGAGUCGGCAAGGACAGAGCAGAUAUAUUCACAGAAACAGGAAACAUCUUUGUCUGGUAGCCAGUACAACAUCAACUUCAAGCAGGGACCUUCUGUAUCAUUGCAUUCAGGAUUACAUCACAGACCUGACAAAAUUUCUGAUCAUUCUUCUGUUAAGCAAGAUUAUACUCAUAAAGCAGGGAGCAGUAAACACCAUGGGCCAAUUUCUGCUACUCCUGGAGUAAUUCCUCAGAAAAUGUCUUUAGAUAAAUAUAGAGAAAAACGUAAGCUAGAAAGCCUUGAUCUGGACGCAAGGGAUCAUUAUAUAGCUGCCCAGGUAGAACAGCAACACAAACAUGUACAGUCUCAGGCAGCCAGCAGCAGUUCUGUGACUUCUCCCAUUAAAAUGAAAAUUCCCAUAACAAAUGCUGAAAAACCUGAAAAAUACAUGGCAGAUAAGAAGGAAAAGAGUGGAUCACUGAAAUUACGGAUUCCAAUACCACCCACUGAUAAAAGUGUCAGUAAAGAAGAACUGAAAAUGAAAAUAAAAGUUUCUUCCUCAGAGAGACACAGCUCUUCUGAUGAAGGCAGUGGGAAGAGCAAGCAUUCAAGCCCACAUGUUGGCAGGGACCACAAGGAGAAGCACAAGGAGCACCCGCCCAACCGCCACCACCCCAGCGGUCACAAGCACCCCCACGCGUACGGCGGCGGCGGCGGCAAGCACGGUGCCGACGGAGCGCCACCCGCUGUCCUGAGGAGUCCUGUUGGCCCGAGCACUGAUGGCAUUUCCUCCAGUUCCAGCUCUUCAAGGAAGAAGCUGCAUAUCAAUGACGCGUCUCACAACCAUCACUCCAAAAUGAGCAAAAGUUCCAAAAGUUCAGGUAGUUCAUCUAGUUCUUCCUCCUCUGUUAAGCAGUAUGUAUCCUCUCACAACUCUGUUUUUAACCAUCCCUUACCCCCUCCUCCCCCUGUCACAUACCAGGUGGGCUACGGACAUCUCAGCACCCUCGUGAAACUGGACAAGAAGCCAGUGGAGACCAACGGUCCUGAUGUCAAUCACGAGUACAGUACAAACAGCCAGCAUAUGGACUACAAAGACACAUUCGACAUGCUGGACUCGCUGUUAAGUGCCCAAGGAAUGAACAUGUAAUCAUUUCUUUAGGUCAAUUUUUCCUUUACUUUUUUAAUUUAAAAAUUGUUAGAAUGGAAAACUUCCUCCUGAUCUAGCAGUGGUAACAUCUGCUGUUACUACCACUGCUUCAAUAUUUGUAAGUGCUGCUUUAUUCUUCAUUCUGAAAAGAAGAGAUUAUAGUAAACAAGUCUUUAUCUCCACAUAUGAUAGUGUUAUAAAUACUGUAAAAGCAUGGAAGGUGCAAAACUCAGUAUUUCUACAAUUGCAGCUAAGAACAUUAGGGUGAAUGGCUGGCUGCUUCUAGGAAUAUAAGAUGCCUCAAGCAUUCGUUUAUUUAUAAUUUGAAUAUUGUAGCUAUUUUUUGUUGUUGCUUGGCUUUUGAAUGAGUGUAAAUUGUUUUCUUUUGUGUAUUUAUACUUGUAUGUAUGAUUUGCAUGUUUCACUGAUAAAGGGAUAAAACAGUAUACUGACAACUGUUUACAAGAAAGUGGAGAAAAAUGUACAUACAUUUUUGUAUGUUUAGAUAUUACCAUAAAUACUCAGGAUUGGAGCUGCUUGUAAGUAUAACAAUAUACAGAAUAACUUUAUUUUAUCUUGUCAGAGUCCAUCACUAAUCUAAAACAAAGGUGGCACUUUCUCAUGUUAACCUUAAACUCUAGGCCUUACUGGAAGCCACUGAAGGGGGACGCUUCACUACCAGAUGGGUAUGCAGUGCCACGGAUGGUUGUUUAUUCCAUGAGGCGCUGAUUCUGCCUUCAGAGGUUCUGACCAGACUGGCUGCUGAAAGAGCCCCUGAUUUUCUGAAGGCUUGAAGAGGAAAAAAUAAAGUUUACAUACUCUUGAUGUGAAGUGCAUUUAAGUGUUUGUUGGCUUGUUGCAGUACUAUAAACACAGAGGUGUUGAUAAUGGUUGUGUAGAUUACUGUGAUUUGAAAACUAAAUUCACAAAAACUUACAUUAGUGCAGAAUUAGUAAGUUUUUUCCUUAAAUAGAGAACUUUAACACUACAUAUUUUAACCGUAAGCAGAAUCGCUUUUCCUUUGGCAUUCAGAAUGACACCAUGUUCUUAAACAUACCCCUCCCUUGAAGUGUGUUUGUGUGUGAUGCCAUAUUUCUUUUUCAGGUAAAUGCAGUCUUCCUUAUAAAAAUGAAAUUAAACCUAUUGCUCUCUCAGUUGUUUUAUAUUCUAACAAUAAAUAAACAAAAAAGGUCACUGACUGUGCAUUGUACCUGUAUUUAUAUCUUACGGUUGUUAACAGGAAGCUCUCUGAGGGGAAGAAAAAAGGUAAGCCUCCAGAUAAAACAGCUAGUGGAGGUUUUCCCUUUGUUUGCACAUCUCAGUAUGUUCCUGUUGAGGUCAAGUUUGCACAGUCUCCUGACUUCUGAGCAAAUGAUAGACUUUAACUUGUUUAAAAUUGGUCUUAAAUGCCAGUAAUGUGGCUCUGGUUUGUCAACUAAUCUUCAAUUCUGUGGUAAAUCUUUGAGCUGUUGAGUAUCUUUGAGAUGGGUUGAAUUCAACUUCUGUUGAACUGAAAACUGUCUUAAUUUUUUCCUCUAUGUAUAUGAAUUAUUUUUGUUACAAAGCCACUGAUAUGUGCACAAUUGUAAUUUUACUCAAGUAUGUUGCAGUUGUAAAUAUUAGAGUUUAAUCUCGUGCUCUACUUUUAUUUAGCAGUUACCUGAUUUGCCGGUAGCUUUAUAAUUUUUUUUAAGAUAAUUAUUCAUUAUUUUGUCAAUGUUAUUUGAAUUUAGGAUACUAGGAGUCUCUUUCUAGGGACUUUGCCUAGUUAGCAUGUCCUAACUUUGUUCUUGUCUUGCGUAACUUUAGUAAUCUUUGUCAUUACAUGUAACUUUGUUGCUCUGUAUGGCAUAUUAUUGUAUCCAUAAACAAGGUAAUUUUGAUACAGUUAUACCUUUACAGUGGUACAUAAUCCAAGGACUAGUAUAGAAUCAAGAGGAGUGCAAGAUGAGGGAGGGAAGGGGAUUUUUUUUGUUCUUGGUAAUUUAGAUGUGAAACCUCUACGGAGCUAUCAUGUGAAAUGAUACUGGGUGGUUGUGCUACUGUAUAAUGGGGAUGAUAAUACCAGGAAUUUUAAUAAGAUUUUGUAAAGAAUAUCCAGAAAAGUAGUGAACUUAUUUUCAGUAUGAUAUAGAAAACAAUGUGAAUAUUUAAGGUCUGUGACUAUACUUAAACUUCACUAAGAAUUUGCAGAAUUGUUUUGAGAUGUGAGAAUAAAGGUAAUUUUGUUGAAUCUUUUGGUGCUAAUGAUGGACAGUUAAAAAGGUAGCUAGUGUAUAUUGUUAUGGGGAAGUACUUAUUAGUUACUUCCAAAAUUGAAUUUGAAAUGCUAUGUAUUCACUUUUCACUCUGUAAAUGUAAUUCUUUACAAUGACUUUAUUUAUUAAAGGGCAGCCAGUUGUAAUUUUUA